AUGAAAUCAUUACAGCGUACUCUGUUCAUUUCUUUGAUUGUCAUUGUUCUAACUCCAGCUUAUCAUGGGGUGGAAAUUAUUGGAGGCCAUGAAGCUAAACCUCAUUCAAAGCCCUAUAUGGCAUCUAUCCAAUGUAACAAAAAAAAGAAAUAUGAACAUUAUUGUGGAGGGGCUUUGAUCAGAAAUAGAUGGGUACUGACUGCAGCACACUGUGAAUGUAAAGGGCCUGUUCAAGUCGUUCUUGGAGCCCAUUCUCUGUCACAGAAUGAGGAAAGUCAGCAAAAAAUUCGGGUCAAGAAGCAGUAUCCCCAUCCAAAGUUUAACAAAAAAACUCCAGAUGAUGACAUCAUGCUACUCCAACUCUCCAGUGAAGCAAAGACCAACAAAUAUGUGAAACUGCUCAACCUACCCAAAGAUAAGGAUAAGGAUAUAAAACCUGGAAUUCAAUGUACAGUGGCAGGAUGGGGACAAACAAAGUCAAAAACUCCAUCUGACACUCUUCGAGAAGUGAUGCUAUAUGUGAUCGAUCGUCAAACAUGCAACAGUAAACAAUAUUAUAAUCAUCAACCUCAAAUAACCAAGGACAUGAUCUGUGCUAGUGACCGAAAAGGCAGAGAAGAUACUUCCAUGGGUGAUUCAGGUAGUCCUUUAAUUUGCCGAAAUAAGUAUAAAGGGAUUGUGUCUUAUGGCCCUAAGGAUCCAAAUGCCAAAAAGCCUGGGAUUUACACUUUCAUAACAAAGAAAUACCUUGAUUGGAUUGAGAAAGUAAUUGGUGUGAAAACGUACAACAUGACAACUGAAGACUUGUAUUGAGAAUGACGAGUCUUAACCGUGACUCGGUUUUACUUUUAUCUUGUAGAAUUGCUUUGCUCAGAGAAGGGUUAGCAUGCAUUUGCCUAUGUUUUUAGUACAUUGUACAGGAUUCAAAUUCAACAGAAACUAAAAUGAGAAAUUCUCAGUAUGAAAUGUGUCACACUUCAUUUACUGAAUCUUUGAAUAGGACUAUGAGUUGUGAAAGUGACUAAACGACUCGAGUGAGUAAACAUUUAAGAGGUUUUGAGAUCAAGCAAUAAAUUUUGGUCACUUGUUGCAUUGUAAUUGGAACAAAUUAUUAAGUAACAGAAGCUUUACUUGACAAAAGAAAACAGUCAAUAUUCUUGCUUGACUCCCAUGGCUGCAGAAAGCUUGUGACUUUCUCUCCCAAAGUUGACAUCAAUUCUGCGCACUAAACCUCUUUUCUCCAGUUUUGACUUCUGCAAUCCGGUCCUUGCUUGUGUUCUGAUGUUGCAAUCAUACAAUAGUCUUGUUGGUCAUAGUCAUUGAUUCAUAGACAAGAUAUCCUCAACACCUGAACAACUCAUUGUUAACUCUUUACCAUGGAGCCAUUUGUCAGAUUACUUAGUUAUGCAUCCAAACUCAUUGAUCUCCACAUCUCAAGCAAAGCCUUUAAUAACUGAUUUAGACAUUUGUCCAUGCUUCCCUUUUCCAGUCAAACUGGCCAAAACCUUCUGGUUAGUAUUGAAACCCUUUCUUUUUUGAUGCUGAUGAAACAAAAUCUCAGCUUCUUUCUGUUUUUUGGGCUGAUUUUCAAAUGGGGAAAUCCUUCUAAAGUCAAUAUGUACAAGACUCCUUGGAGGGAAUAGCAGUCUAUGCAGAAACUAUGUACUCUUUUUACAACAUUAGCCAUCAUAUUUUGAUCACUAUUAGUUUAAAUGUCAGAGAACUUUUUAGUUGGUGUAAGUAUUAAUGAAAGGGGUGAAUGUUUAGUGUAACAUAGUCAGGUGAGUGAACUGAGAGGGUAAGGAAGUAGGGUGGCAGCUAUGUAGGUUGGCAAGGUGGUAGGUAAGUUGAGCAACUGGGAGUAAAUGAAUAGGUGGCAGCUGGGCUAGGUUACAGUGGGAUCAAUUCCUGAUGCAGUGUGACUUUAUAUGACUCAAAUCACACAAGCUCUUUAUCCUGAGCAUAAAUUCAUAAUUAUCCUUUCAUCAUACAAAGUCCAAAAUACACCUUAAAAGAAUUUGUUGCACAAAACUUUCAAAAUGUGCAACAGGACGGGUAUAUGAAUAGGAAGGGUUUGGAGGGAUAUGGGCCAGGUGCUGGCAGGUGGGAUGAGAUUUGGUUGGGAUAUCUGGUCGGCAUGGACGGGUUGAACCUAAGGGUCUGUUUCAAUGCUAUACAUCUCUAUGACUCUAAGAAGUAUUUUAAAAAUCGUACAAAAGAUGUAAAAAGUAUAGACAAUGAGAUCCUAUAGUUACAGACUAGCUAUUAGAUUCUGCAUCAUACAAACUAUUGAAGCUUUGAAUUAAAGCUAUCAUUUGUAACACAGGCAAUUUAAUUGUCAUUUUUCUGGAGUGAACAGUUCUCCAAUGAACCCAAAAGUUCUGACAACAUCUAAGGCCUGUGCCAUGAGUUAGUGCAGCUAUCUCCAGCUUCACAAAGAUAUUAUUGGAGGUUUGACCUCAUGAUAGUUUGGUUAUCUUACAGAACCCUAACCUCAAAUUGUCUGGAAAUCUCCUGGAAAGCAACAAGCAGCACUGCUGAUAUUUAUGCUUUAAAUUUCCCAUCAUAGCCACAGGAGACUUCUAAACUACCUUCUUACUUUUCCUGACAGACACCCUUCUAUCUGACUGAUCCUGAUGUGUCAUCACUUCACUAAAUAUACUAAUCAUCACACUCUGUAUCCCCUGAAUGCUCUCAAUGAGAUUAAGCCUAAAAAGAAGCCCUUAAAAACAUCUUAUAUAGAAACUACCCUUCCUUAUUCACAGAUUUUAAUCUUAAGAAUGCAAAAGAUAAAAAAAACGGAAACCCAUAUUUUUUUUAAAAUCAAGCACUUAGCUGAAACUCUCAUCAAAAGAAAAGAAAGCACCUUCCUCAAGUCUUUUAUCUGUCAGCUUUCAAAUCUCUAGAAAGGCAUUGUCAUUUUUGGAAUCUUGCAUGUGAAACUUCCAUAAAGUGGGAAAACAACAUGGAAAAUUGAGUUGGGAAGAUUAUUCUAAGAUAAGUUCUAUUUCUUCCUCCUCAGCUGCUCAUAUUUCCCUUCAUUGCUGCAUGUAAAUGAUGACAGAGAGACAGGCCCCAGUACCAAUUAGUUAACCUAUUUUUUCUUACUGUUAUUGCUGAAUCCAAAAAGCACCAGGAAAGGAUUACUGGAGAUCUCUGGGAAAGAGUCAAGAUCUCUGAAUUGUUUUUAGAUUGAAGCAAGGAAACCUUACAAUAUUUAUCCCUGCCUUUUUAAAGGCUGCAAAUUCUAUCUCCUGAAGGUCUGGCUUAGUUCACUGCUUUUAGUAAAGAUUUUCCCAUAUCUGUGAGAUAGUUCCGUUCCCUCAAAAAUCAACCCUCUGUAUUCAUGAUACUGUAGUGGGAGUCUCACUGCAGUGAAGCACAAUGCUCCUUCUCUUCAUCAGCAGCAGGUCCCCUUCAUUUGGUGGGGCCCACUCUCAAUUGGUAAUGGAACCUAAAAGGAGGAGACUGGGUCAGAGUCAGCAGGGUCACAGUAGCAUGAGAAAAUUGCAUGAUACCUUAAACUGCAGUGAGAGGAAAGAAAUUCACAUCACUCAUUUGCAGCUAUACAAUAGAGUCAUAGAGUCAUAGAGAUGUACAACAUGGAAACAGACCCUUCGGUCCAACCCGUCUAUGCUGAUCAGAUAUCCCAACCCAAUCUAGUCCCACCUGCCAGCACUUGGCCCAUAUUCCUUUCAACCCUUCCUAUUCAUAUACCCAUCCAAAUGCCUUUGGAAUGUUGUAAUUGUACCAGCCUCCACCACUAUCUCUGGCAGCUCAUUCCAUACACGUACCACCCUGUGUGAAAAAGUUUCCCCUUAACUCUCUUUUAUAUCUUUCCCCUCUCACCCUAAACCUAUGCCCUCUAGUUCUGGACUCCCCGACCCCACGGAAAAGAGUUUGCCUAUUUACCCUAUCCAUGUUCCUCAAAAUUUUGUAAACCUCUAUAAGGUCAUCCCUCAGCCUCCAACACUUCAGGGAAAAACAGCCCCAGCCUGUUCAGCCUCUCCCUAUAGCUUAAAUCCUCCAACCUUGACUCAUGCCAUUGUAUGAAUAUCUCAAGAUUUCAACUUUACAACUAUUCUGGUCUCUGAUGUUAUACUCCACAUAAUGUAUGUUGAUUGUGCUUCUGAUCCUUAACAUUGAAUCUUUGGAGGACGGUGUAAUUUUUUUGUGCAAAGACAAUAAUUAUCAUUACAAGUAUCUGCUUAAACAGAACAUUGUUAGUAUAAAAUGUUUGUGUAAUUUUAUAUUCUGUAUUCAUAAUGAUGUUAAUGUACAGGUACAGUUGAAGUUGAAAUGUAGAGUCAACAGAGAGCAAAUGUAACAAGUACGGUAUGCAUAUUACUGCUUUCUGUGCAGCCAAGAUUGCUGUUGUAGAACUUGUACUUGAAAAAUGAAACCUGCAGCUAAAAAUAAAUCUGUAUCCGCUUAA